GAAAAGAAAGAGCGAUAACACUCCGUAAGCAUCCGCCACAGACACCGUCAAGUCUGUAGCUCGCGCAUCUCCAGCUAAUGAUGAUCGCUUUCAAGCGUUGGGGGAGGGCAAUAUAUCUGCUGAUCACACUGAAGUAGGGGCGCCUGCGAGGCGCGAGUCCCAAAUCGGCGAACAUGCGUUAGACGACAAUUCAGGCGAGGAUGGGGGCAACGCAGCCAGUGGGGAUGAGGCGAAUAGAAUGUUCCGGGUCGCAGCACGGCAAGAACCUCGUCGAAAUAUCGAUACCAACGUCAUUGUUCCUUUCGUGGGUACAGCGAACGUCCAAUCCAUCAAUCACACUGACCGAAGUACUCGAAUACAAUUUGCCCUUCAAGCGCAAGAUACAACGACUACUAGUCGAUCAGCUCCCAAGUACAUCGCGCAGACUGCCGGGGCUUCUUUAAAGCGUCCAAGCGCUCCUACAGUUCACCCGAGCAAGAAGGCUCGCAGCACUGGGUUCACUUCCACUGCUGGCAACGAUCCCAAUGACCAAUUGGUUGUUGUUAAAGUGAAUAUAUAACGUAUUUAUCUUGUUGUGCUUGUCAUAGCAG